AUGCUAUCUAUCUUAGUCUGUCCAUAUCUAUCUAUCUAUCUUAUCUGUCCAUAUCUAUCUAUCUAUUUAUUUAUCUAUCUUAGUCUGUCGAUAUCUAUCUAUUUAUCUAUCUUAGUCUGUCCAUAUCUAUUUAUCUAUCUUAUCUGUCCAUAUCUAUCUAUCUUAGUCUGUCCAUAUCUAUCUAUCUUAGUCUGUCCAUAUCUAUCUAUCUAUCUUAGUCUGUCCAUAUCUAUCUAUCUUAUCUGUCCAUAUCUAUCUAUCUAUCUUAGUCUGUCCAUAUCUAUCUAUCUUAGUCUGUCCAUAUCUAUCUAUCUUAUCUGUCCAUAUCUAUCUAUCUAUCUUAGUUUGUCCAUAUCUAUCUAUCUAUCUAUCUUAGUCUGUCCAUAUCUAUCUAUCUUAUCUGUCCAUAUCUAUCUAUCUAUCUAUCUUAGUCUGUCCAUAUCUAUCUAUCUAUCUAUCUCUCUUAGUCUGUCCAUAUCUAUCUAUCUAUCUUAG